AUGAAGAUAUUAGGAACAAGUAAGAAAGUUAAAAUUUUAGAAAAUUUUGAUGAAGAAUAUGAACUUAGCACUUCCGGAACAUCAUAUGUAAUUUUAAGUCCAAUAAAAGAUACAUAUAAAAAUUUAUAUGAAAUUGGUUGUAAGCUUCAUAAUAAUUAUAAAAAGAAAGGUACGUUAUGUAUACUAAUAAAUGAUAGUGUUAGCGAUACUGAGCACUGUGAAUUAUUGAAUGAAUGGUUAAGUGAAAAAAAAAAUCAUUAUAUAUUUAAUGGUUCUAGUUGUGAAAAUAACAUAAAAUUAUGGGAGAUAUACAUUGAGGAAUUGUGGAAAGAAUUAAAAAAUGAUACAGGUGACAGUUUUUUAUGUGAUAGAAAGACAACUAAUUAUUCUUGUUCUAUUUCACUUGAAUUGAAGACUAUAUUAUCUGUUAGUUUUACACUUUUGGGAGCAUUUCUUAUUACUUUUUUUCUUCUGUAUAAGUUUAGUCCGCUUGGACCACGGAUUCACAAUUGUCUAAAUAAAAAUAAAAGAAUAAUUGAGAACAUAAUUCCAGAAGAAUCAUAUGAAUUAUUAGAAAAAUCUUCUGAAAAUGAAAAUUUAUAUUCUGAAAACGGAAGAAUUUCUAUAGGUUAUUAUUCUGUAGAAAAAUAG